UAGUGUUGUCUGACCUUAUAAAAUGUCGAAGCGACACCGCAUUGACGUCGGGGAUUCCUAUAGAAAAAGGGAAGAUGGGGAUUACAAGCGUGAAAGGUCCCGUUCCCCCCAUGAGAAGAAACCAGAGAAGGCACAGUCAAUAUUCGAACAGUUCAACAUUCCUAAGCCCCAACUGCAGAUAAAUCCUUUCACAGGUUUGCCGCACACUCCAAGAUACUUACAACUGUUGGUCAAACGAAAAACUCUGCCCGUAUGGGAGUAUAAGGAAAAGUUUAUUGAGAUUUUAAACAAACAUCAGACCCUGGUCCUUGUUGGUGAAACAGGCUCUGGGAAAACUACACAGAUCCCUCAAUGGUGCCUGGACUGGGUGAGAGUGCGCUACCAGAAGAAGGGCGUGGCCUGUACCCAGCCCCGCAGGGUGGCAGCCAUGUCAGUGGCGCAGCGUGUGUCCGAGGAAAUGGACGUGGGGCUGGGACAGGAGGUGGGCUAUAGCAUCCGCUUUGAGGACUGCACAUCGACCAAGACCAUACUGAAGUACAUGACUGACGGUAUGUUGCUACGUGAGGCCAUGUCAGACCCUCUGCUAGAGAACUAUGGUGUGGUACUGCUCGACGAAGCCCACGAACGGACGCUCGCUACUGACAUUCUGAUGGGCUUGCUGAAAGAGGUGGCCAAGCAAAGGACGGAUCUUAAGAUCAUAAUAAUGAGUGCCACACUGGAUGCUGGCAAGUUCCAGAACUACUUCGACAACGCCCCGCUGAUGAGCGUUCCCGGGCGAACCCAUCCCGUGGAGAUAUUCUACACCCCUGAGCCCGAGAGGGACUACCUGGAGGCGGCCAUCAGGACUGUGCUGCAGAUACACAUGUGUGAGGAGAUAGACGGUGACAUCCUGCUCUUUCUCACGGGACAGGAGGAAAUUGAUGAAGCCUGCAAGAGGAUUGCAAGAGAAGUUGAAAACCUGGGCCCCGAUGUGGGCGACAUGAAGUGCAUACCCCUCUACUCCACACUGCCCCCUAACCUUCAACAGCGCAUCUUUGAGCCUCCACCCCCUAAUAAAGCCAGCGGGGCGAUUGGUCGGAAGGUGGUCGUGUCGACAAACAUUGCAGAGACCUCCCUUACCAUCGAUGGAGUUGUGUUUGUGAUUGAUCCUGGCUUUGCCAAACAGAAGGUGUACAAUCCCAGGAUUCGUGUCGAGUCCCUCCUCGUCACAGCCAUCAGUAAGGCCAGUGCCCAACAACGGGCAGGUCGCGCCGGUCGUACCAAGCCUGGGAAAUGUUUCCGUCUCUACACGGAGAAGGCUUUCAAGCAAGAAAUGCAGGAGAACACAUACCCUGAAAUCCUUCGUUCCAAUCUUGGCUCCGUUGUGCUACAGCUGAAGAAACUGGGAAUUGAUGAUCUCGUGCAUUUUGAUUUCAUGGACCCGCCAGCUCCUGAGACCCUAAUGAGAGCCCUAGAGUUGCUGAACUACCUAGCGGCCCUUGACGACAAUGGUGACCUCACCGAGCUGGGCUCCAUGAUGGCUGAGUUCCCUCUGGACCCCCAGCUUGCCAAGAUGGUCAUUGCCAGCACGGACUUCAGUUGCUCCAACGAGAUCUUGUCCAUAACUGCCAUGCUGUCAGUCCCGCAGUGCUUUGUGCGCCCGACGGAACUGAGAAAGGUUGCUGACGAGUGUAAGAUGAGGUUUGCGCACAUAGACGGAGACCAUCUUACGCUGUUGAACGUCUACCACGCCUUCAAGCAAAAUCAAGAAGACCCGCAGUGGUGCUACGACAACUUCAUCAACUUCCGCUCGCUUAAGAGCGCAGACAACGUGAGACAGCAGCUGGCGCGCAUCAUGGACCGCUUCAACCUGAAGAGGAGCAGCACGGACUUCACCAGCCGAGACUACUACAUCAAUAUACGCAAGGCUCUUGUGUGCGGAUUCUUCAUGCAGAUUGCCCACCUGGAGCGAACUGGCCACUACCUGACAGUGAAGGACAACCAGAUAGUGCAGCUGCACCCUUCCACCUGUCUCGACCACAAGCCCGAGUGGGUGCUCUAUAACGAGUUUGUGCUCACCACAAAGAACUACAUACGAACUGUGACGGACGUGAAACCAGAAUGGUUGAUACAGAUAGCUCCACAAUACUACGAGAUGACCAAUUUCCCACUUUGUUGCAGGUUGAUACAGAUAGCUCCACAGUACUACGAGAUGUCCAAUUUCCCACUUUGUUGCAGGUUGAUACAGAUAGCCCCACAAUACUAUGAGAUGUCCAAUUUCCCACUUUGUUGCAGGUUGAUACAGAUAGCUCCACAAUACUAUGAGAUGUCCAAUUUCCCACUUUGCGAGGCCAAGCGACAGCUGGAGAGGAUUAUAGCCAAACUCCAGUCUAAAGGAUAUACCGAAUAAAUGGAGAAAUGUCAGCAACAAACAAUAGUAGUGUAAAAGUUUGACAAUAAUACUGAAAUCUGCGCCUUACAAGCGACAGGUGAAAUAAAACCCUGAAAUCAGUGUGUGUUCUAAAUGUUUGUUGGGAUGUGUGGAUAUAAACAUUAUAUCGUGCUCAUUCUAAAAUAUUUAAGGAUAUGACCACAUAAACGCAGAAUUCUCUCCACCUGAAAUAUAAUUGGGCUGUGAACAGAGGGUUAAUGCAUGUGUGUAAAGUGUCGUCCCAGAUUAGCCUGUGCAGUCCUCAACUUGAUUUUUGCUAAUAGGAGACUUUCUGUAAUCAAAAUAAACCAUAAAAGUGGAAAGUGUCGUCCCUGUGUAUCCUGUAUGGGCUAAUCAGGGACGACACUUUAGGCACAUGCAUUAAAUCCCUUUUUCACAAAGCACUGCCUAUAUAGAGACAAACAUACAACACUGAAUUUGCAUUGUGCUUCAAUAUUUUGUGGUUUAGUCUCUUAUUUGCAAGGAAAAUACAUUGAUAUUUGAAGACAUGGGAAAUAAAUGUUGUAUGAAAAGCUAGAUUAGGUCUGGUCAUCAUAUUUUCUUGGAGUGAUAUACAUUAACUUCAUACUUCUCAUACAAAAUCUUAUAAACAUUAAUUUUAUAUGUAAUAUUUGUUGGGAAUGACUGUAGUUGUUGUUUACUUACUGUUUUAUGUAUUUGUUGAGACUGAGAAGAUCCUAUUUUUUGACAUCCUUUAUAAUUGUUUUCUUCAUUCUCACAAUUACCAUUAUGUGUUAUGAUUUGUGAUUUAAAAUAACCUUGUAGUAAAUAAGUUAGAAACCAUAAAUAUCCAUCUAUAUAUAUAUCUGCAAAAUGUUAAAUUUUGGGGGUAAUAAUGAUCCAUUAAAAAAAACGCAAACUUUCAACAGGUAAAUUUGUCUUUCAAUUUGUGUUUCUGUCAAGUCAUGGUGCCUGUGUCGAUUCAUUUUUUUCCCACAUUUUGUUUACUCUUAAACAACCAUCUAAAAUAGGCUAUAAUGUAUUCACUGUUAUAAAAGUGUUGUCAUUCAUAGCUUCCUCUUCUCUUUGAUCAUGAAUGUAAAUAAAACGUAAAAAUCA